AUGACUACAGACAACGGCAAGAACGUCUUCCUCAUCGGCCCCGGCCUCAUCGGUGCGGAUCUCCUUGAGCUCCUCCACGCAGAUGGCUACCAUGUCACAACAAUGGCCCGUCGUGAAUCGCACGCAGCUCAACUUCGCGAGUUUGGCGCCAACGUCAAGACCAUCAUCGGCACCCUCGACGACAAAGACAUGAUCACCAAGCACACCGCCGAAGUGCCCAUCGUGAUUCAUGCCGCCACCGCAGACCACCUGCCCUCAGUCGAAGCAGUGUUGGACGGCAUCCGUCAACGAGCCGACAAAGGACUGUCGACGACGUUCCUCCACACCUCCGGAACCAGCGAGCUCGUGGAUAACUCCAAGGGCAUGUACGCCAGUGACAAAAUCUACACCGAUCUCGACCCCGGCGACAUUGAUGCCAGCGUCCCGGACACAGCGCCGCACCGCGAAAUCGAUCUGGCUAUCCUCCGCGGUCGUAAGGAGAUCGGCUCCAAGGCCAAAAUCGUCAUCAUCCUGCCUCCACUCAUCUACGGCGUGGGUCGGCGUAUCCCCCGCCUGACCAUCCAGCUUCCAACAAUGACGCGCUUUGCGCUGAAGCACGGCUAUGCGCCUGUGAUUGGGAAGGGUGUGUCCAUCAGGUGCAGCAUUCACGUGCAAGACCUCGUGCGCGCAUACAUGGUCAUCCUCAACUGGCUAUCCGCCACGUCUGGUGAGGAGGUGCUUGAAAAUCCUUACUUCUUCUGCGACAGUGGGACUGAGAUGACUUGGGGUGAAGGCGCCGCUGAGAUUGGCAAAGCCUUGCAUGCGGCCGGGAAGAUUGAAAGUCCGGAGCCUAGGAAUCCGCCAAAGGAAUUGUAUGGCGAUCUGUUUGGGCCGUAUACGCCGACAACGGUAGGAGCAAACAGUCGAAGCCGGGCGGAGAGGUUGCGGAAGAUGGGGUGGGAAGCAACGGAGAAAGGCGUGUUCGAGAGUUUGAGGGAGGACGAGAUUCCGAUGAUUCUGGCCGAGUGGGAGAAAGACGGCAAGGACUUUGCAGGUUACACUGGUGUUGCAAGCUCUGGGACGCAUGUGUUGGAAAGCCUGAGGGACUGA